AUGAACCAUCUUUUCCCCAAUGGCGAUGUUUUAAAGGAUGCUUGCAAUUGUUUCUGCCCUCACACUCACUCAUGUUUGUAAUCCGUGUACAUUAUCUUUUCAGGCCGACUUUCUGAAAGGGUUGCCCUCUUACAACGAGACAAACUUUACAAGGUUUCACCAAGAUUCGAGCUGUAAAACAACGGUACGGAGACCUGGUGUGUAUAUAUCAACUAAGGAUCAUCCCUGUGAACAAGUUAUUACAACAGAGAAGACCAAUAUUCUACUGAGGUAUCUACAUCAACAGUGGGAUAAAAGGAAUGCAAAUAAGAGGGACUCAAAUAAGGCAAAUUUAGAUACAGUUGAAGGAAACAACAGCCAAAAAGUACCUAGAUUAAGUCAACAAGGGAGCAGCAAUUCAUGAAAAGUUCUGUGUGGGCAAAGGAAUAUUCGUCUCCAUGUGUGUGAAGACAAAACUACAAGAGACCAUGGCCAGUUGUUGUGAGCUUGGGACUGGGAACUUGAUCCCUGUGAGCUGUGCCAACACAUCUCUGUGCAGAGACACACUGUUAAAACAGCUUGUAGUGCUCAACAAUAACAACAGAACAGUGACCCAGUGGUCCAGUUUUAAACGUGAAACAAGGUGGACAUUUUGUUCAGUGGCUAGUUCAGUGGUUCUUGUAUGUGAAUGCUUUACUGCCCUAUGUGAACAGCUAGAAAAUCCAUUUGAUCUGACAUGAGCUCUGAUGGUAAUCUGUGUACCUAAAGCUAAACAUUGGCUGCAUUUCGAAUUGGUGAAGUUCAAGGGUUCACAGCAUGGUUGAUUUAUUCAGUCUGUACUAUACAAUUGUCU